AUGUCCAUGGCCCACGCGAACAUGCUCUCCGCCUCCGUCACGUCACUCGGCUCACCGCAGAGGCCGCAGACCGCGCAGAUCGCGAAGGCAUACCGCCAGGCUGCUCAGCUGUUCCUCACACGACGCCUGCCCGAGGCCCUCUCAACCAUCGAACCCGUCAUCACUCCCGACCCGCCCGACGCCCACGGACACGACCAUGAUAGCAAGCAAGCCGUGUUCGCGCCCGUCGCCUAUGCGUCGCGCGGCACCCGUGUCAAAGUCUGGAGCUUCUACCUCACCUUCCUGAACUCCGUAAUAGAACUGGGGCCCGAGGAGGGCAAGCAUGCAUUCGGCAGCACAAAGUGGAAGGCCUUGGUGUCCAAAUGCCGCGACGGCCGCGUGUGGGAGGAAGUGGUGCAGGCCGGCUAUGGCGGAGUCGAGGGUAGCGUCGAUCCUGACGUGGUGAUAAAUUUAGCGACGUUGUUGUUGACGCACGCCCCGUCUCAACAGGUGACCCAGCAACGCCUCGAAACAUUCCUCUCUACCUCGUCACAGCCCACCUUCGACAUCACUGCCCACAUGAACUCUCCCCUCUACGCCCAAAAACGGCCGGGAAUCCGGAGCCAUGGCACAAAUACACCCAGAGACCUGAACUCCCGUCUGAAGCUGCUCGAGCUGUAUACCCUGCACGUUCUUCCGCGAAACGAUGAGUGGGAUUAUGCUCGCGAGUUUAUUGGCAUGAGCGAAGUGCUCGAUGACGAGCGAAAGGAGGCAUUUCUCUUAGCGCUGCACGGCCUCAAGGAAGAGCAGGAAGGCGCUGCCAUGAGGGAGGCAGAACUACGGCAGCAGCAGCAGGAACAGUUGGAGCGCCGCCGCCAAGAAGCCGAAACUCGCCGGCGAGAAGCAGAAGAAGAGGAAGCACGUCGCCGGCGGGAGCAGGAAGACCGCGAGACCAGACAGCGCAUGCGCCGUCCCGCAAAUAGUGGCUCACAAGGACCCGGUUCUACAUCGAGCAACCUUAGCCGGGCUGCGGCUUCAGCGUCGUCCAGAGCACCACGACCUGGCCCAAAUAAGAAGGCACUCAGCCCACGACCAAGAAAUCAGAGCGUAUCAGCACGAGCAUCAGCCGUGUUAGGCGCCGUCCAGAAUAUGUUCCAGAACGCCACACAGUCUUUGACGAAAAACCCCAUGGCAUUCCUUCGCACACUACUCUUCCUCCUAGCAUUCGCCCUGGCAUUUGGUAGACAGGAUCUGCGAGAUCGUGUAAAACGCCUGCUUCGGAUCGCGUGGGAGAAGAUGCGCAGAACCGUAGGAAUGGGCGUCAAGGUAUCGUACAUUUGA